ACUUUGGCACAGAGGGAGUGUUGUUUAGUUUCUAAAACCGUUUGCAAAACAAUCAAAACAAUGCGUGCUUGUAUGAUCAUUGGAGUAUUUGUGUCCAUAAUCGCAAUGGCUUCAGCCCUUGGAUAUGGCUUAUUAGGUGGAUUGGGAGGUGGUUAUGGUGGUUACGGAGGUCAAGGAUACGGAGGACAAGGAUACGGAGGAUACGGUGGGUAUGGUUCUAAUGGUGGAUACGGAGGGUAUGGUGGAUAUGGAGGAUACGGAGGAUAUGGUGGAUACGGAGGAUACGGCGGCUAUGGAGGUUACGGCGGAGGUUACAAUCCCUACGGAGGUUAUGGUUAUGGAUAUCCCGGCAAAUACGGAGGACUUUACAAUGGGUAUGGAUAUAGGCCUUAUUAUUGAUUUCUUCGAGAUCUACUAUUAAUUUAAGUGUACCCCAGCAAUGUGAUAUAAGUUUAUUGUUAAUAAAGCGUAUUGUUACAA